GCAACAUGCUCCAGCUUCCACUGCGAAAAGCACCAGAAAGGAUUUCUCUGGAUUAGGAUUUAAAACUCAGAACUAAGUUUUGACUAAGGAUGAGCUCGUCUGAACAGGAACUGACCCACUGAGGUCCACAGCAUGGCAAAAAGUGUGCUGGUAGCCUACACCCUGUGGGCUGUAGGUGGACCUUUGGGCCUUCACCAUCUCUAUUUAGGAAGAGACAGCCAUGCUUUGCUGUGGAUGCUUACUUUGGGAGGAUUUGGGUUUGGCUGGGUCAGAGAGGUCAUACGCAUACCUGCCUAUGUGACUGAAGCUAACCAACAUGAACAACGUGUAGAAGAAAAAGAAGGAAAACCUCACAACGCUGCCCUCCCACCUGUCAGCCCAGUCAGAUUUGCCGGACAGGUGUGUGUUGGGAUCUACUUUGGCACUGUGGCUUUCAUCGGUCUCAACUCCCUUAAUUUCUUCUACCUGAUCGUUUUGCCUUUAAGCGUGGGUGCAGGGGUACAUCUGGUGUCCAACGUCGGUCAGCAGACGUCAGAUCUCCAAAAGACUUUGACAGCUUGUCUCGUGACAUCACCGAUAUUCUAUGGUAGCACUCUUUCGCCUCUUCCCAUAAGCUUGGCGGCGAGUUUCACUGCUGUGCAACAUCGCAGGUUCAAACCUCCAAGACCGCCAGGCAGCAAACAGAGAUUAGGUCCCCGGCUGUAUCGGCUCGGUCUAGCCUGGUUGGCUUUCUCUGCUCCAUUAGCUUACUGUAUUUUCUACAACACCACAGCCACACUGUACUACCUGUCUGACACAAUAGCUGCGCUGCUGGAUAUUUUCUGGUUUCUGCCCUGGCUCAGAGGUGUACUGGAGUACAUUCUUCUAAUGCCAUACCGCAUCAUGUGCGCACUUACCGGUGGAGGGUACCACGAAGAGGCUUGGAGAAAGGUCUUGGAAACAUUGCUGAAGGAGUACACGCAUAGGGAAAAAGAGGCGCUGCAGGUGUUGUCGUUGGAGGCAGAAGCAUCUAUUGAAGAGAUAACUCGAGGCUAUAGGGAGCUGGCCAAAGCAUGGCAUCCAGACCACAAUCCCAGCAAAGAUGCUGAGCAAAUGUUCCUGAAGAUCCAGGAGGCUUACAAUGUCCUGCUGCGGUGGCACAAACCACAACGGUUCAAAUAGCCUCCCUGCAUUUGUUUCUACUGACUGAUUGCAUUGAUAGGGAUUGGUAAUUGAAUAGUUUGUUGGACCAAGAUGAUUUAUGUGCACAAAGAUGUUUUUAAUCAGCU